AUGUCCUCUCACCGUUACACACGCGAGGAUCCCCAGCGCCGGGUUGGACGCCCCGGUCCCGUUCCGACCAACGCCGAACCCAGCCACCAGCAACUGUCAUCUCGACCACGACCCGCCGGCAACCUCGCCCACGAAGUAAACAUCGCCGAGCUGGCCGUGCAGCGCGCCUCGCUCGCCACCAAGAGGGUCCUCAAGCUGCUCUCCUCCUCCUCGUCCAACUCGUCCCUCAACAAGCAGGACAACUCCCCCGUGACCAUCGCCGACUUCGCCGCGCAGGCCCUCCUCAUCUCGGGUCUGAUCAAGGCCUUCCCCGGCGACCUCUUCCUGGGUGAAGAGAGCGCCGACGCGCUGCGCGAUCCGAAGAACCGCGCCCUGCUGGACGAGGUCUGGCGGCUGGUCAGGACCACCCAGCUGAGCGACGAAACAUCCGAGGCUAAGCUCGGCAAGCUGAGGAACGUCGACGAUAUGCUGGCUUGUAUCGACUCGGGGGCUCGCGAGGAUACUAUGAAGGAGGGGAAGCGGUACUGGGUGAUGGAUCCCGUUGACGGGACCAGCAUGUUCAAGAAGGGCGGGCAGUACGCCAUUGCGCUGGCGCUGGUGCAGAACGGGGUCGAGCUGGUGGGCGUCACGGCCUGUCCCAACCUGGCCCGGAGCAAGGAGGGCACGUGGCUGUUGUCGGACUCGCACGCGGACCUGCAGGGGUACGGCUGGAUGCUUGCUGCUUCGAGGGGCGGCGGCGCUACUGUCAGGCGGAUGGGGCCCGGCGCGCUGAGCCGCGACGUGUACAAGCUCGAUCGCAGCAAUGGAAAGGAACCGAGGACUUCGAGUUCAGGAACCCCGCUCCGGUACCUGCACUUUGUCGACUCCAUGAACAGCCCCAAGACGCUGUGGCAAAAGGUGCAGAAGCUCGCGGGACUCAGAGAGAGCGAGUACGGGGCGUCGACCACGCAGCUCUACUCGUCGCACAUGCGCUAUGUCGCCAUGGCGCUGGGCACACGGAACUUUGCACAGGUUCGCUGGCCGAACAAGCGCGGCGCAAAGUGGUCGAUGUGGGAUCAUGUCGGCACGCCAUUGAUCUAUACCGAGUCUGGGCCGGGCAUCAUCACCGACAUGUCUGGUCGCCCGAUCAGGUACGAUGGCGGUCGCGAUCUGAGUGCUUAUUGGGGGAUCAUCACUGCGGACAGCAGCAUUCACAGGCAUGUGGUGGCGGAACCAGAAUCCGCACCCAAGGGCAUCAUUGCCUUCUGGAAUCUGGACGUGCAAAAGGAGGACCAGCCGUUCCCUGCGCCGGGCUCCGUCCAGCCGAUAAUCCGCACGUCAGGCGUCGUCGACGUUCUCUUCCCCGACGAGCAGCCGGACGCCCGGAAACCGCUAUUCAUCCGCUCCGGCAGAACCUCGCCACCCUCCUGGACCACAGCGACGGGCUGGCUGCUCAAGAACGACAUCAUUGUCACGGCCGCGCACUGCGUUUACGACCACGACCACGACGAGCACGUCACGAGCAUCCAGGCCAUCGUCCUCGGCGGCUCUCAUGGUGCCGAGCAGCAGCAGCAGCAGACUCGGUCCGCCAAGCGGGUCGUCGUGCCCCGGGAAUGGACCGACGGCCACCGCUUGGGCACCACCCACUACUCGAAGCACAACGUGGCCUUGGUGUGUCUCGAGCGGCCGUUCGAGAACGUCCGCCCCUUUGCCUACGGUGGUCCAUUGGGGCUUGGCGGUGCGGACGCGGACGAGCUCCUUACCGUCGUGGGCUACCCGGCUGAUGUGCGGGUGGGCGGGAUGCCCGGGGGCGGCAUGUACGAAAUGGUGGUGGUGCCGGUUGUAGGAGACACGGCCGAUGGCUUGCUGAGGUACCGAGGUGAUGUACAGGGUGGGCUUUCGGGAGCUCCGGUGGUUAGAGACCGGGACUUUGCCGUGGUUGGUGUUCACGUCUCCGGAGGGUCGUGGAACUCGGCUGUCGCUAUUGGUGGUCUGCACGGAAUUGACCUUGGGCUUUUCGAGGAGGGGAUCCGGCUACUGGAAGGGGGGUGUGAUGGCAGCAGCUUUGACCAUGAGGUGCAGGCCGGCGGUGGUAGGGAGUGGUUGUGCUACGUGCCUGUUCCGCGUAGGCUUUAG